UCAGAAGAAGGGAGGGAGUAGUGAAAGCACCUCCUGCUUCUGUCUUCUUUGAAACUUCAGACUAGGGUGCUGAGCAGGCAGAGAACUUGGAGUCUGUCACAGAUCUGUGCAGACCGGACCGACUCAAGCCAAGGUACACAUGGCUCGGUCACAGAGAGAGACAAUCAGAAAGACUCACAAAGGAGACCAAGUCUAAAUGUAAGCAAAUUGCCCAGCGUCUAAGUGAUGCACCUGGUCCUCAAAACAAAGGAGCCUUGCUGUGUACAAAGCACCGCCAAAGGGUCAAAAGUACACGCAUGUGAGUUAUGGGACUGGUGAUGAGCUUGACAGCGAAGACCAAGUAGAGGAGGAAACCGAAGACGUGAGAUCAGCUGGUUAUAACUUUGUGGCAUCGAGUCAUUCUGAGUAAGAGGAGAAGCAUUCUCUUCAUCACCAGCAGCAAAAUUUACAUCUGAAUUGGGGAAGGAUUUGAGAAAUGGAAGUACUACCAGGAACAAAAGGGAAGGGAGUGCUGAUGUUUGUCCAACGACGUAAACGGAUGGAUGAAAUUGUAUCAGAUCAUGAAGAAAUGAAGAGUAAAGGAUUACCUGUGCGAGCACUAACAGGACCCAGAUUUACAGAAGCACAGAAAAUGUAUGACACAAAGCAAAUGUACAUACAUACUGAUCAGGCUAACUAUCAAGUCAAUGUGCCAAGACCCUUGGUGCCAAACAGAACUGCAAAGCCCUUCCUAGGAUUUCAAGAUGGCACUGCUAAUGUCAACCCUGGUAGUGUUACUCCAGUGAUGAAGAGGAAUGAACCAAAAUUCAAAGUACCUGUGCCUACAAACACAAAUCCACAUGUUUGGUCCCCAACUGGAGACAUCAUAGCCUCAAGAGAUGAGCGGAUAUCUGUGCCAGCAAUCAUGACUGGCAUCCUACCAGGGUCCAAAAGGAGUAGAAAAAAAGUGUCAGCGCGGGCUCAAGAAUCAGAUCCCUAUCUUCAGAAUAAAGGAGAAAGGAGGUCUUAUAUUGAGCCAGAGGAAGAUUGUUUUAGUCUUGGAGCUGAAGCUUGUAACUUCAUGCAAACAAGAUCAACUAAACUCAAGAACCCCCCUCCAGUUGCCCCAAAGCCUGUAAUCAAUCCAUCCUGUCCUCCUUGGGUGAGGAGGAGUCCCCCUGUUGAGCCACAUAUUCCACCUAGAAGUCCGGUUUCUCAACCAUCUCACAGUUCCAGGGGGCCUCACAGUCAGCAUUACUCACUGCAGCAAGAUGGGGUCCAGUCUAAACAGAUGGUCAACCGUUGGACACCAGGUCAAACUCUUCAAACAACACCCACCAAUGCCUUGGCUUUGGUCAACUCCUCUUCUAAGCUUCACCAUCAGUCAACCACUUAUAGUCGGAAUCAACAGCUGCCUCGAUCCCCUGUGAGUACCCCAAGUUCAACUUACCGACCACAUCACCCACCUUCCCUGUCAAGGAAUCAGCCAGACAGUGUUCCAAAUUCUGUUGCUUCUUGCCCUCCACAAGCAUACAUCCAUGGAUCAAAAACACUACAGGCUUCUCCAAAAGGUCAAGUGUCAGAGAGAGGCAUUUAUCAGUCCGUUGGUGAAUCAGCUAUGGUGGGAAAAGGUGCCCAGUUGUUUGCUAAAAGACAAUCCCGCAUGGAGAAGUUUGUUGUUGAUGCUGAAACAGUGGAAGCUCACAAAACAAGACCCCACUCCCCAUCCUUCUCUCUCCCCAAUUCCUGGGGGUAUUCCUCCAAUAUCCGUGCCCCUCCCCCUUUACUGUACAAUCCCCUUCUUUCUCCCCACUACACCUCCUCAGCAGCCAGGCAAAUCCCUCCCACAAGCUCCAAAACGAAGCCUAAAACCAAAGAAAAACCUAAAGUGCCCACAAAGCAUCUAAAUCCCUUAGAUAUUAUGAAACAUCAACCUUAUCAGUUGGACCCGUCACUGUUCAAGUUUGAAGAAAAUGCCAUAAGCCCCAACUCCAAACCAACUCCUCUGUCAAAGUUUGAGGUCACUAAAAGCCUUAAACAAAGAGCAGCCUAUUCUCAUUCUCCUUACAAAUCAUCUGAGAUUAGUGUUCAGGCCAAGGCAGAAGCUCCUCAUACGUCUCCUGGAUUGGGAUUUAGUCGAGGCCGCUCCUUCAGUCUUCCCAGGCGGCUGAAUUUGGCAUCUUCACCUGGACUUCUGUCCCCAGUGACCACAUCUGGAACCCAGGCAUCAUAUUUACUUGCACAGAGGCGAACAUCCUUUCCAGAAAACAUCUGCAAGCCACCAUCACCAUGGGAGGCAGCGUCCAGGAGCCCUUUUGGGUCAGUGGAUGAGGCAUUUGUAUUUCAGGGCCUCCCGUCAUCUGUUGUGUUCAGUGUCAGAGCUGCAGGGAAACUCAGAUCUCUGCCAGAGCCACCAGAUGAAUGGAAGCGCAGGGUUUCUCUUGAUCCUGCAGCUGUCAGUAAGAGUCAUUAUUAUGCAGCUCCUGCUUUUCAGGCACCAUCUUUGAGCCGGACAUUUCCACCGGAGAAACCCGCCUUCUGUGGGCCUCCAUUCAAACCUGCCCAGCCUCUGAAGUACUCUCCCUUCUACAUGUAAUACCUCAAUGAUAAUACCACAAGAAAGAGACUUAUAGAAUAGAAAUACAUGUAUGUAGAAAUAAAACGUUUGAAGUGUGAAGAUCGAAAUUAAAUUGAGCUCAGAAAGGUGAUAACAUGAGAGGAUUUGGUUUAUAAAACAUAGAAUUUUAUAUUUGGUGAGACUUAAAGGAAUACUUCACCUAUUUGCAUUUAGCUUUGUAUUUCUAGAAUAGGAGUAGUAUGGUGGGCAAGUAACAAAGAAAAGAAUGAAUAUAUUUCUCGACUCAGGUGAAACUGAGGUUGGGAAGCACAAUUUUUCACAAAUACUACCCCUAUUCGAGUAAUCCAAAGCUAAAUGCACAUCGGUGAUGUAUUCCUUAAACUAUCUUUAACUUACUUAAGAUGUUUGUGUUGCUGAACAAAAAUACUGCCAAGCAUUGAUGGGAAAUUAAGCAAGUGUGUCACAGUAAUCGUUAAGACUGAUUUAGGACAGAGGUAGACCAUUUAUCGUGUCAACGGUUCAUUUUAAGGCAUGAGUUUUGUGAGGUGAUGUGAUGUGAUGUGAAUGUGUAGUAGUUGUUUUUCAAGUACAGUGGUGUUUAGGGGGCGUGGCAAUAUUAUAUCAAUUUUCUUUAGCUUAUGACUUUUUAACUGAUGUUACAAAUAAACAUUCAACUUUUUGUGGAUUAUCAUAAAAGAUCUUUAUGGUUAGAUGGUGCUCACUCUCACUAGAGCUGUUGUGUGAGUACGUCACAAUAUUAGUACUCAGAAUAUCGCAAUAUCAUGAUAAUUGACAUGAUAUUGACACCAUUGACAAUUUUGUUGGUUCUGAAUAUGUAGUGAGGAACAAUUGUCAUGUCUGGCUUUUUCACUCAUUUGUUUUUUGUUUUAAACAUUUUAAAUGACAUGGUGAUGACUUUUACUGGUAGAUAUUUUGAAAAUGAUGUCAUGGAUCCUUAUUAGUGAUGUUGUUGUUGAUGUUUUUAUGCUAUUUUGUCAUCUUAGUUUUACAGUGGCUUUGAUUCAUACAGUAAAGAAGUAGACAUAAUGAAAACUGUGAGCUUUCAAUGUGGAUAAAGCUUUUAUGAUUAUAGGCUGAGAAGAAGAAUUGUUGCAUGCAUAGAAUCAUGAAGAAUCAUAAUCAAGAUCAUUGCACUGUGUGAUUUUGAAGUGUGACAUUUGUGUUGGACAACAACAGCAUGUUGGGGUUUCUUGCACUUUAACUGAAAAAUUAAAAGUCAUGAAAAUGCU